AUGGAAACUUUGUCUUUUCCCAGAUAUAAUGCAGCUGAAGUUGUGGUUCAUAUUCGAAACAAAAUCUUAACAGGAGCUGAUGGUAAAAACCUUUCCAAGAAUGAUCUUUCUCCAAAUCCCAAGCCUGAAGUCUUGCAUAUGAUCUACAUGAGAGCUUUACAGAUCGUGUAUGGAAUUCGACUGGAGCAUUUUUACAUGAUGCCAGUGAACUCUGAGGUCAUGUAUCCACAUAUAAUGGAAGGUUUCUUACCAGUCAGCAAUUUGUUUAUUCAUUUGGACUCAUUUCUGCCCAUCUGUCGGGUGAAUGACUUUGAGAUUGCUGAUAUUCUAUAUCCAAAGGCAAAACGGACAACUCGGUUUUUAAGUGGCAUUAUCAACUUUAUUCACUUCCGAGAAGCAUGCCGUGAGACAUAUAUGGAAUUUCUUUGGCAAUAUAAAUCUUCUGUGGACAAAAUGCAGCAGUUAAAUACUGCACACCAGGAGGCAUUAAUGAAACUGGAGAGACUUGAUUCUGUUCCAGUUGAAGAGCAGGCAGAGUUCAAGCAGCUUUCAGAUGAUAUUCAGGAGCUGCAGCAAUCGCUGAAUCAAGAGUUUCGUCAAAAAACGAUAGUGCUGCAAGAGGGAAAUUCACAAAAGAAAUCAGAUAUUUCAGAGAAAACUAAGCGUUUGAAUGAACUAAAAUUGUCAGUGGUUUCCUUGAAAGAAAUACAAGAGAAUUUGAAAACAAAAAUUGUGGAUUCUCCAGAGAAAGUUAAGAAUUAUAAAGAAAAAAUGAAAGAUACAGUCCAGAAGCUUAAAAAUUCCAGACAAGAAGUAAUGGAAAAAUAUGAAAUCUAUCGAGACUCUGUUGACUGCCUACCUUCAUGUCAGCUGGAAGUGCAGUUAUAUCAAAAGAAAAUACAGGACCUUGCAGAUAAUAGAGAAAAAUUAACUACUAUCUUAAAGGAGAGCCUGAACUUGGAGGACCAAAUUGAGAGUGAUGAGUCAGAAUUGAAGAAAUUGAAGACUGAAGAAAACUCCUUUAAAAGACUAAUGAUUGCAAAGAAGGAAAAACUUGCCACAGCACAGUUCAGAAUAAAUAAGAAGCAUGAGGAUGUCAAGCAGUACAAACGCACAGUGAUUGAAGACUGUAAUAAAGUUCAAGAAAAAAGAGGUGCCGUCUAUGAGCGAGUAACCACAAUUAAUCAAGAAAUCCAAAAAAUUAAAUUUGGAAUUCAGCAACUAAAAGAUGCUGCUGAAAGGGAGAAACUGAAGUCUCAGGAAAUAUUUCUCAGCUUGAAAGCUGCUUUGGAGAAAUACCACGAGGGCAUUGAAAAGGCAACAGAGGACUGCCAUGCUAAAAUAGAUGCAAAAACAUCUGAACUGAAGAAGAAAAUGUUCAGAACCCAACCUGAUUAA